CGGCAGGAGUUAGGGUGGAGCUCGGGCGGAGCUCGGCGGGAGUUCUGGCGGUCGCCCCGCCCUGCGGUUCCCGCCCUGCUGCGGCGCGGCCGCCUCAGCCGCCUCGGUCCGAGAGCUGCUCGCCGUUCUGGCUCGGUCUCCGGUGCGAUGGAGGCGGAAAGGCUGAUGGUGCUGUUCGAGGAUGGCUCGGUGGAGGUGCACUACGCGGGGGGGUCCCGCCUGCUGCUGUCUCCUUGCGGCUCCGAGUAUCUGUACGAAGCGGCGCUCCCUGCGGCCGCCCACUCGCUCCAGCCGGCGGAGACCACCCGCCAGCGGGUCGCCUUUGUCGUCAGUGCCUACCGGGAACAACUUCUACGAGCGCUAGAUUUCCGGAACGCGUUUUCUUCUCGCCCGUACUUGCCUUCGCAUGUUAUACCUCCGGAAAGAAAAAAGAUCAGCAUCUCUCUGGGUGCUCCCACUGAAUAUGAACGUCUGCACAGCAUGGUGAGAAUCCUAAGACAACGGAUUAAUCAGAUUCUCCUCAGUGAUAUCUUAGAAAUUAAAUGGCCUGACCCUGUGAUAGCUGAUCUGACAAGAUGUUUUGACAACGGCAGUGUGAAGAUCUCAUCUGUAGAUGGCUAUGCUCACCUUUACUUGUCAGAAUUGCAGCAAGAAUUUACAGUGGAGUUUUUAUGUAAAGUCAGCCAGUCAUCUGCAGCAUCCUCAGGCUCCUCUGAAAAGAACAGCAACUAUCAAAGCGGAGAUCAAUGUGGAAAACCAAGUAAAAAUUCUGCAGCAGAAGUCUCAUCAAAACAAAGAAGAAUAGAGAAUAGGAAUAAAUGUGGUUGUGCUGAAAGUAGAUAUAGGGAACCAACCAAACCAAAGGACCAAAGAGAUGGAGUGCCUUUGUUCCACACAAAUUGUUCUUCUGAAUACACGUGGGUUACACAGCAUUGGAGUGUUUCAUUGUGCCCAGAAGAAUGGAAAUACCCUUUGUCCUUGGCCCUAAAAUGCUGUAAUGUACAUACUGUGGAAAAUGUAUAUGAAACAAACAGCUGUACAGCUGUUGAAGGUGAUGUUUUAGCAGACCCUGAAAUACAUGAAACAGUUUCUUGUUUACCUACAGCUUUGCCACUCAGCUGCAGAGCCCCACAUCUACACAGAACGAAGAUACAGACAAAUAUUCAUUCCAUCAGCUAAUUCAAGUUGUGUGGUGCCAGGGUGUUUUCUACAGAUUUAUCCAUGGUAGGACAAACAUCACAGAAAUUUAUCCUGGUGAUAACUCAUUUUUCAAGUCAGAGGGAGCAUUUUUGGGAAA